AUGUACUCAGAUAUUAAUCCUGUGCUCAACACAGGAAUAAAAAUGGCUCCAAUGAACUAUAACUAUAAUUAUUGAGGCAAUAAAAACCGAUGGAAUCCUGGAGAACAAUGAGAUGAUGGCAAUUGGGAUAGAGGAGAUGGAUGAGAUGAAAAUUGACAAGUAGAGUCAGGAUGGAGUUGAACUACAUAUAAUCCGACUGUGUGAACAAAGUUGUGAAGAUGGGAUGAUGCUGGGCCUCCACCGGAUCAGGAUGUAGACUGAUAUGAUAGAAAUCAGGAUGAUGGAGAUGGGUGUGAUGAAAGUUGUAAGGUAGAGAGUGGAUAUACUUGAAGCUGGAAUAGUACUUCAGACAAAACUGACUGAACUGACAAAUGAGGAGAUGGAGUUAUAAUUAAAACCAUGCCUUCACAGUAUUGAGAUGAUGGCAAUUUGAAUGAAGAAGAUGGCUGCAGUAGCACUUGAAACCAAGAAGUAGGCUAUGUCUGCACCGGAGGAUCUACAACAGCACCUUCAGUCUGAUCUGAAGAUUGAGGAGACGGAAGGAAAGUUGGAGAUGAAGCUUGUGAUGAUGGAGGUAAGGCAGAUCAUGAUGGCUGAAGUAGUACAUGAACAAUAGAGCUUGGAUAUAUUUGAACUGGAGGAUCUGAAACAAAUCCUGAUACCUGAAACCCAAUUUGUGGUGACGGCAGAAAAUUUUCAGAUGAAAUUUGAGAUGACAAGAACACCUCUAGUGGUGAUGGAUGAGACUCAACCUGUACUAGCAUUGAGGAUGAUUACCAAUGAACUGGAGGAUCACUAUCUCAACCAGACACAUGAACUCUUAUUUGAGGCAAUGGAAAGCUUCCUUCAAGUUUGGACCAGACUGAGCAUUGAGAUGACGGAAAUACACAAAGUGGAGAUGGCUGAGACGAGAACUGCAAAGUUGAGUCAGGAUGGGAAUGAACUGGAGGCUCUCUCACAUCACCAAGUAUCUGUGAAAUUGAGUGAAUUGCUGAAGGAUGAGUAAAGUGUGAAUCAGGCUCGGAUAAAAAGUGAGUAGCAUGUGAACAUGGAUACCAACUCGUCGAUAAUAAACAUUGAAGAUAUACUGUAGUUGCUGAAGAAGUCCAAACUCUUUCAAGUGGAUCCCAAGCUGCAGCAGGAGCUGGCUCUCUUAUUGCCACUCUGAUGUCUCUUCUGAAUUCAUCUUCACCCAUGGCGAUCUGGUCAAUGGCCAACCAAAUGCAGCUUCUGAUGCUUCUGUUAUUGACUCAAACAUCUCUUCCAGCUGAUGUAGUCGGGUACAUUUCAGGCAACCAAAUGUUCUCAUUUAACAUGAAUUUUCUGCCAAUACAGAAUAAUGUGGUGUCAAAGGUGCCUCUGGACUGGCUCAAGCAAAACCAAACUAACAUUGGACUAGGAGACAUGGGCAUAGAGUCAGGCAGUUCAUUCAACAACAAUUUUGGCAUCAUUUGAACAUUGCUGAUGUUGAUAAUAUUCCACUGAUUGUGGAGCUUGUUGCCGAGAACUAUCGAUGACGAUGAUCCUAGAGACUGCAAAGAGAAAACCCUCAAAUUUGUUGGGUGGGUCUGGAAGAUCUUAACAUUUGGAGUUUAUAUCAGACUGGUGUUGGAAGCAUAUCAGAAUAUUCUGCUGUCAAGUCUCAACGAAAUCAAGAACUUAGAGUCAUUAUCAAUUCAAACAAUAAUUUCUGCAUCAAUUGCUCUUUUAUUCUUGUGAAUUACUUUGAUUAUAUUUUACUUGGCUAUCAAGCAAAUUAAUCUUGACAUUGAACCUAAGCAGCAUUCAAAAUCAAAAGAGUUUACUGCUGGACUCAAAGACUCAAAAGCUGCCAGAGUGUUCACAACUCUUCUGCUAUUAAGAAGACUUGUAUUCUGCACAUGGCUGAUAAUAUUCUCAUUUACUGGUUAUUAUUACUUGGUGCCUGGAAUGCUGCUGGCACAGAUAUUAUAUACUGUAUUUAUAAUCUUUGUAAGACCAUUCAAAGAGAAUAUGAACAAUUUGAUUGAGUGACUCAAUGAAAUAUUCUUUGUGUUGAUAGUGGCAUACUUGAUGAAAUACAACACAAAAAAAGCAUGGACUCCAAUGGCAACCAGAUGCUAUGUCUAUCUUCUGAUUCUAAACAACCUCUUAAUCUCUUUCAUCAUAUCAGCCAUCGGCAUUACCCAACUCUGCUACAAACUUUGCCACAAAAACAAACCACCAACCUCAACCAUCCCCCAAAUAAUCCCUCCUAAGAUAUCCCCAAUCCGCUUCGACUCCAGCAACAUCAUCGCAACAUCAGACAUCCACUUGAUAAAAUUCCCUACCAACACAAGUCCUUCAAUCAUUACCACAUCUCCUUCCCCUGCCUCGCUCAACAAGAAAAUGGCCCAAGCCAAAAUCAGACCUGUUUUUGAUUGAAGUUAAAAUAUUG